UUCCAGAGAGCGGGGCCAGCCCGAGCAACAAAGGAGCCCGGCGGUCGGCGGGGAAAGGCUCCGGGGCCGCGGCGCUCGCGCGGAGGUGGCUGCGGAGCCGCGGGCUGGCGCGGGGGCGGAGCCGGGGCCGGGGUCCUGCUCCCUGGCGGGCGUCUGGGCUCCGUCGCUGGCCCGGGAGCUGGGUUUAACAGUGGGAGGGGGAAAUGGGGCCAGGACUUGGGCGCCAAGGGGGCUCUCGGGGCUAAAGACAGCUUGGAUUUUCAGGCGAGGGAGUGAGGAGUUGUGCAUCCUGACCCGGCCUCCGCCGCGCAACAUGGGCCCCGGGUCCCAAAGUUUGCAAAGUUGGGAGCCGAGGGGCCGGGGCGCGCGGAGCGUCCGGGGGAAGUCGGCCCCACACCCGCGGGGCACACAGGUCUCCUGAGCCGCCUCCGCGGCCCCCGGGGUUGCGAGCGCGACAGGGGCUCCGGGGGGCUGGCGGGGGCGCCCGGGAGGCUGCUGAGUUGGCGGCUUUGGCCAUGGCCGUUGCCCGCCCUGCGCGGGGGCCCGAGCUGCCGUUCCUGGGGUUGCUGCUGCUCGUGCUAGGGGUCCCGGGCCGGGGGGCGGCCUGGAGCGGGAACGCGACAGGGCCUGGGCCUCGAGGCGCCGGCGGGAGCGCCAGGAGGAGCGCGGCGGGGACCGGCCCUCCGCCGCUGCUGAGCCACUGCGGCCGGGCCGCCCCCUGCGAGCCGCUGCGCUACAACGUGUGCCUGGGCUCGGCGCUGCCCUACGGCGCCACCUCCACGCUGCUGGCCGGGGACUCGGACUCCCAGGAGGAAGCGCACGGCAAGCUCGUGCUCUGGUCGGGCCUCCGGAAUGCUCCCCGCUGCUGGGCAGUGAUCCAGCCCCUGCUAUGUGCCGUGUACAUGCCCAAGUGUGAGAAUGACCGGGUGGAGCUGCCCAGCCGAACCCUCUGCCAGGCCACCAGAGGUCCCUGUGCCAUUGUGGAGCGGGAGCGAGGCUGGCCUGACUUCCUGCGCUGUACCCCCGACCACUUCCCUGAAGGCUGCCCGAAUGAGGUGCAGAACAUCAAGUUCAACAGCUCGGGCCAGUGUGAGGCACCCUUGGUACGGACUGACAACCCCAAGAGCUGGUAUGAGGAUGUGGAGGGCUGUGGGAUCCAGUGCCAGAACCCGCUGUUCACAGAGGCGGAGCACCAGGACAUGCACAGCUACAUCGCCACCUUCGGUGCUGUCACCGGGCUGUGCACACUCUUCACCCUGGCCACCUUCGUGGCUGACUGGCGGAACUCCAAUCGCUACCCCGCGGUGAUCCUCUUCUACGUCAAUGCGUGUUUCUUUGUGGGCAGCAUUGGCUGGCUGGCCCAGUUCAUGGAUGGUGCCCGCCGGGAGAUCGUCUGCCGAGCUGAUGGCACCAUGAGGCUUGGGGAGCCCACCUCCAACGAGACCCUGUCCUGUGUCAUCAUCUUUGUCAUCGUAUACUAUGCCCUGAUGGCUGGCGUGGUCUGGUUUGUGGUCCUCACCUACGCCUGGCAUACCUCCUUCAAAGCCCUGGGCACCACCUACCAGCCCCUCUCGGGCAAGACCUCCUACUUCCACCUGCUCACCUGGUCGCUUCCCUUCGUCCUCACUGUGGCAAUCCUUGCUGUGGCCCAGGUGGAUGGGGACUCAGUGAGUGGCAUCUGUUUUGUGGGCUAUAAGAACUAUCGAUACCGUGCUGGCUUUGUACUGGCCCCGAUAGGCCUGGUACUCAUCGUGGGAGGCUACUUCCUCAUCAGAGGAGUCAUGACUCUCUUCUCCAUCAAGAGCAACCACCCAGGACUGCUGAGUGAGAAGGCUGCCAGUAAAAUCAAUGAGACCAUGCUGCGCCUGGGCAUUUUUGGCUUCCUGGCCUUUGGCUUUGUACUGAUCACCUUCAGCUGCCAUUUUUAUGACUUCUUCAACCAGGCUGAGUGGGAGCGCAGCUUCCGGGACUAUGUGCUUUGCCAGGCUAAUGUGACCAUUGGGCUGCCCACCAAGAAGCCCAUUCCUGACUGUGAGAUCAAGAAUCGCCCCAGCCUUCUAGUGGAGAAGAUCAACCUGUUUGCCAUGUUUGGGACCGGCAUUGCCAUGAGCACCUGGGUUUGGACUAAAGCCACUCUGCUCAUCUGGAGGCGCACCUGGUGCAGACUGACUGGACAGAGUGAUGAUGAGCCGAAAAGGAUCAAGAAGAGCAAGAUGAUUGCCAAGGCCUUCUCCAAGCGGCGUGAGCUGCUGCAGAACCCAGGCCAAGAGCUCUCAUUCAGCAUGCACACCGUCUCCCACGAUGGGCCUGUGGCGGGUUUGGCUUUUGACCUCAAUGAGCCGUCUGCCGAUGUCUCUUCUGCCUGGGCCCAGCAUGUCACCAAGAUGGUAGCUCGGAGAGGAGCCAUACUGCCCCAGGAUGUUUCUGUCACCCCUGUGGCAACUCCAGUGCCACCAGAAGAACAAGCCAACCUGUGGCUGGUUGAGGCAGAGAUCUCCCCAGAACUGGAGAAGCGGCUGGGCCGGAAGAAGCGGAGGAAGAGGAAGAAGGAGGUGUGCCCCUUGGGCACGGCCCCUGAUCUUCAUCACACUGCCCCUGGCCCUCCUCCUGCCACCAGUAACGUUCCUCGGCUGCCUCAGCUGCCCCGACAGAAGUGCCUAGUGGCUGCAGGUGCCUGGGGAUCUGGGGAACCCUGCUGCCAGGGAGCUUGGACCCUGGUCUCCAACCCCUUUUGCCCAGAGCCCAGUCCCCAUCAGGAUCCAUUUCUCCCCAGUGCCCCGGUCCCUAUGGCCUGGGCUCACAGCCGCCGCCAAGGUCUGGGCCCCAUUCAUUCUCGCACCAACCUGAUGGAAGCUGAGCUCAUGGAUGCAGACUCAGAUUUCUGAGCCUGCAGAGCAGGAAAGAGGAACAAAGACCGCCAAGGCUCUCCGAGGGUUUCUCUGGGAUCUACUGCAGAAUGUAUCGGCCCUUACCUGAGAGUUCUGUGAAUCUUGCUCAAAGCAGCAAGACUGUGGAAAACAGCUGAGUGUCUCCACAGAUGACCUCACCCAGGGGUAGGGCCCUGGAGCUCAGAGUUUCAUUUCUGCCCCACCAGCUGGAGUCUGGCUGGCAACAUUUGAUCUCCAGCAGAGCUUAAGGUGGGGCAAUAACGGUGGAGCCUGGGGUGACCUAGAGUGGCCAAGGAGACAGCCAAGCCCAUGUCUAGCAGGUGAGGGAUACCUGUUAUUGUGCCAGUGGGUACACUUUCCUGGCACUUGCAGACCAAAAGUGCUUAUUGUGUCCUUUAUCUAAAGUGGGGUAUGUGGGGCCAGAAGUGCCUUUUCCUAUGAAGGCUAUACUCUAUCUGAAUAGGGCCCCUACCCCAAACCUGUCUUCUAUUUCCCAGCAUUCCCUUUCCUAACUAUUGUUAAUUGGGACCCACAACUGAAGUACACAGACACACAUGUCCUUUGAGCUCUAUCUCCGGGGAGAGAUUGGUUCAGCUUCACAGCCUGGACCUGGCAUGGCACAGAAGCAAGGUGAGACAGGUGCCUCCAGGCCCCUGAGAGACGCGUCAUGCCUUCCUCAUAUCAAUCCCCUGGGAUUGGUCCCUUUGACUAGAGGGGUUAACCCUGGGAAACUACUGUAGCUUCAGCCAGGAAAAACUUUUGGCUUCUACAACAGCAGAAGAGGAGAUUCCCACCUUUCCUGACCUCCCACCAUGCCCCUAGCACCCCAUGUACCAGACAGCAGCAAGUCUUUAAAGCUGGUUGGGUUCCACAUCGGGACUAGGGAUGGGAAGAAGAAAUAUAAACAGAAAAUAAAAGGUUUUUGUAUAAA